AUGACGUGUUUUGUUGCCUUGUCCAGUGCCUUGUUGCUCCUGUACUCCCUGUACACUCAUGACUGUGAGACCACUCAUGCCUCCAACACCAUCAUUAAGUUUGCAGACGACACGACGGUGGUGGGCAUGAUCGCCGAUUGCGAUGAGACAGCCUACAGGGAAGAGGUUAGAGCCCUGGCACAGUGGCAGGAAAACAGCCUCUCUCCCUCAACGGUCAAGCCACAGAGCCGACAGGAGCAGACUGAGGCAUCUCCUCCACAAAAUAAUUCGGCCAGGAAGGAGCUUUUCGAGGAGACCUUUGCGAGCAAGGACACAAGCAAGACAUUUUCCAACACCCUUAAAGAGGAGGUGGCAUCCUACAAGGCAGCAAGCGGCAUUCCAGUGGAUGGCAGUUGUUCGUUUGAAGAGCACUACAGCAGCUGUGGCUACAGUGUGGCCCUGGGGACCAAUGGCUUCGCCUGGGAGCAAGUCAACACUUGGGAGAGGCCCACUAUGGACGCGGCUGUUCCCACAGGUUCUUUCAUGGUGGUGAACGGCUCGGGCCGGGCGUCGGGGCAGAAGGCCCACCUGCUCCUGCCCACCCUGAAGGAGAACGACACCCACUGCAUCGACUUCCACUACUCUCUAUCCAGCCGCGAUGGCUCCAGUCCCGGGGUGCUCAACGUCUACAUCAAGGUGAACGGCGGCACCCAGGGAAACCCUGUGUGGAAUGCCUCCGCCUCGGUGACCGAGGGCUGGGUCAAGGCCGAGCUGGCAAUCAGCACCUUCUGGCCCAACUCCUAUCAGGUGAUAUUCGAGGCCAUAUCCGUACAGGGCCAUCCAGGGUUCAUCGCGGUGGACGAAGUCCGAGUAUUGGCCCACCCGUGCCGGAAAGCACCUCACUUCCUGCGGCUGCAGAAUGUGGAGGUGAACGUGGGCCAGAACGCCACCUUCCAGUGUACUGCUGGGGGGAAGUGGUCCCAACACGACCAACUGUGGGUACAGCAGUGGAACGGUAAAGAUACAGCCCUCAUGGUGACGCGGGUGGUGAACCACCGACGUUUCUCAGCCACCGUCAGUGUCGGGGACACGUCCCAGAGGAGCACCAGCCGCUACCGCUGUGUCAUCCGCUCCGAUGGCGGCUCCGGGGUUUCCAACUACGCUGAGCUCAUCGUCAAAGCUCCCCCCACACCUAUAGCCCCUCCGGAGCUCCUGGCGGUGGGUGCUACCUACCUGUGGAUCAAGCCCAACGCCAAUUCUAUCAUCGGGGACGGCCCCAUCAUGCUGAAGGAGGUGGAGUACCGCACCACCACAGGCAACUGGGCUGAGACCCACAUCGUGGACGCCCCCACCUACAAGCUUUGGCAUUUGGACCCCGAUGUGGAGUACGAGAUCAAGGUUCUGCUGACCCGGCCCGGCGAGGGGGGCACAGGACCUCCAGGACCCCCGCUCAUCACCCGGACCAAGUGUGCUGACCCAGUCCACGGGCCUCAGAAUGUCAAUGUAGUGGACAUUCGGGCCCGCCAGCUCACCCUGCAGUGGGAGACUUUUGGCUACGCCGUGACGCGCUGCCACAGCUACAACCUAACAGUGCAGUACCAGUAUGUGUUCAACCAGCAGGAGUUUGCCGCCGAGGAAUUGAUCCAGACAUCAUCCCACUUCACCCUGCGGGGCCUGAGGCCCUUCGUCACUGUACGCCUUCGCCUGGUCCUCGCCAACCCAGAGGGAAGCAAGGAGAGCGAGGAGAUCGUCAAGCAGACAGAGGAGGAUGUUCCUGGCUCUGUUCCUUUGGAAUCCAUCCAGACCGGACCGUACGAGGAGAAGAUCUUCAUGCAGUGGAAGGCACCUAACGAGACCAAUGGCGUCAUCACGCUCUACGAGAUCACCUAUAAGGCUCUGAGCUCCUUGGACCCCAGUGCAGACCUGACCACCCAGCGUGGCAGGGUGUUCAAGUUACGCAACGAGACCCAACACCUGUUCAUGGGGCUCUACCCGGGCACCACCUACUUCUUCACCCUCAAAGCCAGCACCAACAAAGGCUUUGGACCCCCUGUAACCACCCGCAUCGCCACCAAGAUAGCAGCCCCAUCAAUGCCGGAGUACGAGACAGACAUUCCCCCUCUGAAUGAGACGGACACCACCAUCACAGUUCUGCUGAAGCCUGCGCAGUCCAGAGGAGCUCCCGUCAGUGUCUAUCAGCUGGUUGUGAAAGAGGAACGCAAACAGAAGGUGCGGCGGGCGGCCGACGUGCUGGAGUGCUUCUCCGUCCCGGUCAGCUUCAAGAAUGCCUCCAUCUUGGAUUUGCCUCACUACUUUGCAGCGGAGCUCCCGCCUACAUACCUGACUGUGGUGCAGCCUUUCAGCGUAGGUGACAACAAGACCUACAAUGGCUACUGGAACCCCCCUCUCUCUCCAGCCAAAAGCUACAGCAUUUACUUCCAAGCCCUGAGCAAAGCCAAUGGGGAAACCAAAAUCAACUGUGUGAGACUGGCUACUAAAGGCGCGUCCACCCAGGACUCAGACGCUGUGGAGCCCGAAAAGCAGGUGGACAGCACCGUCAAGAUGGCCGGUGUCAUCGCAGGCAUUCUCAUGUUCAUCAUCAUUCUACUGGGAGUGGUUCUCACCUUCAAACGCAGGAAACUGGCCAAAAAACAGAAGGAGACGGCCAGCAGCAGCAGCACCCAGAGGGAGAUGGGGCUGGUGAGCACGGCUGAUAAGAGCACCACCAAAGUCAGCACUCUGCACAAGGACGACCCCUUCUCCACCAGCAGCCAGGACAUCAACGGUUUCACAUCCCCCUCUCCCUGCUCCUUCUCUCUGCAAGGCAAAACGCUGCAAAGCAAAUCCCUCUUGAAUUCCUACUACUCAGACAGCAGCCAUAGUGAGAUGGCCCAGCCAUCGUUGACCAUCCAGACAUACCCAUACGGGGGCUGUGAGUCAGUGGAGAUGUCCUACCAGGCCGGACAGUUCCAGCCGGCCAUCCGUGUAGCCGACCUCCUCCAACAUAUUACCCAGAUGAAGUGUGGCCAGGGAUACGGCUUUAAGGAAGAGUAUGAGGGCCUGACCGAAGGACAGGCGGCCCCAUGGGAGACCGCCAAGAAGGAUGACAACCGCAACAAGAACCGAUACGGCAACAUCAUCGCUUAUGACCACACUCGAGUCAGGCUGCAACUGCUGGACGGAGACCCCCACUCAGACUACAUCAACGCCAACUACAUAGACGGGUAUCAUAGACCAAGACAUUACAUCGCCACACAAGGCCCCAUGCAGGAGACAGUGAGGGAUUUCUGGAGGAUGAUCUGGCAGGAGAAUUCCGGCAGUAUUGUCAUGGUUACCAACCUGGUGGAAGUGGGCAGGGUGAAGUGUGUGAGGUACUGGCCUGACGAGACUGAAGUGUACGGAGAUGUCAAGGUGACACUGAUCGAGACAGAGCCACUGGCCGAGUAUGUCAUCCGCACCUUCACAGUACAGAAGAAGGGCCACCACGAGAUUCGAGAGAUCCGUCAGUUCCACUUCACCAGCUGGCCUGACCACGGGGUACCCUGCUAUGCCACCGGCCUCCUGGGCUUCGUCCGCCAGGUCAAGUUCCUCAACCCGCCCGACGCUGGCCCCAUUGUGGCCCACUGCAGUGCCGGGGCUGGAAGGACAGGCUGUUUCAUAGCUGUGGACAUCAUGCUGGAUAUGGCUGAGAACGAGGGAGUGGUGGACAUCUUCAACUGCAUCCGGGAACUGCGCUCACAAAGGGUUAACAUGGUGCAAACCGAGGAGCAGUAUGUUUUUGUCCACGACGCCAUCCUUGAAGCCUGCCUGUGUGGAAACACGGCCAUCCCAGUCUGUGAAUUCAGAGCCAUAUACUACAACAUCAGCAGACUGGACCCACAGACCAACUCCAGCCAAAUUAAGGAUGAAUUUCAGACUCUGAACAUCGUGACUCCCCGGGUUCGGCCUGAAGACUGUAGCGUGGGACUGCUCCCCCGGAACCACGACAAGAACCGCAGCAUGGACGUCCUGUCUGUGGAUCGAUGCUUGCCCUUCCUCAUCUCCGUGGACGGAGAGUCCAGUAACUACAUCAACGCUGCCCUCAUGGACAGCCAUAAACAGCCAGCAGCCUUCAUCGUAACCCAGCACCCACUGCCCAACACGGUGGCCGACUUCUGGAGGCUGGUGUUCGACUACAACUGCUCCUCGAUAGUAAUGCUCAAUGAGAUGGAUGCCGCACAGUUGUGCAUGCAGUACUGGCCCGAGAAGAGCUCCUGCUGCUAUGGCCCCAUCCAGGUGGAGUUCAUCUCAGCCGACAUCGACGAAGAUAUCAUCAACCGCAUCUUCAGGAUCUGCAACAUGGCCAGGCCCCAGGAUGGCUACCGUUUGGUGCAGCAUUUCCAGUUCAUCGGCUGGCCCGCUUACCGCGACACGCCCCUGUCCAAGCGCUCCAUCCUGCAGCUGGUGAGACGUCUGGCCAAGUGGCAGGAGCAGUACGACGGGGGAGACGGACGCACCGUGGUCCACUGCCUGACUGGUGGUGGACGGAGUGGUACCUUCUGUGCCAUCUGCAGCAUCAGUGAGAUGAUCCAGCAGCAGAACAUUGUAGACGUGUUCCACACCGUCAAGACGCUGAGGAACAACAAAUCGAACAUGGUGGAGACUAUGGAACAGUAUAAAUUCUGCUAUGAAGUUGCUCUGGAGGCCCUUAGCGCAUUCUGA